AUGUCGUCACUCAACUUCCUCCUCCUCCUCCUUCUCCUUCUCACCUUCCACGUCACGUUCCCUUCCACCACCACCACCGCCGCGGCGGCGUCCCUCCUCCCGUUCCUCGACCCGCCGCCGCUACCCACCGACCUCUGGCGCGACCCGUUCCGCAUCCUGGAGCACGCCCCCCUGUCCCUCGAUCGGGACGACGUGUCCCCUCUCCUCGCCACGUCACAUGCCAGGGUGGACUGGAAGGAGACCCCCGAGGGACACGUCAUCAGCCUCGACGUCCCCGGGAUGCGGAAGGAGGACGUGAAAAUCGAGGUGGAGGAGAAUCGUGUCCUCAGAGUGAGCGGCGAGAGGAAGCGCGAGGAGGAGAAGAAGGGGGACCACUGGCAUCGAGUGGAGCGGUCGUACGGGAAAUUCUGGAGGCAGUUCCGGCUGCCGGAGAAUGCCGACCUGGAUUCGGUUCAGGCGAGGCUGGAGAACGGGGUGCUCACCGUUUCGUUCAAGAAGCUGUCCCCGGAGAGGAUUAAGGGGCCCAGGACGGUGAGUAUUGCUGGCGGGGAGACGGCGGCGGCAGCGGUGAAGGAUGAGGCGGCGGCCAAGCAGGAGCUGUGA